AUGGGCUGCUGGGAGGGAGAUGAUUGGCACUGGCAAUUCCAAUGGAGAAGAAACUGGCUAGAGAGAGAUCAAGAGCAAUGGACAUUCUUUCAACAUGCAGUCUCCACAGUGGCCUUGCAAAAACAUGCUAAGGAUAGAUGGGUGUGGCCUAUUGAUAAGUCAGGAUGCUUCUCGGUCAGCUCUACCUACAAGGCAUUACAUGAUCUCAAGUACAAUGGUCAGGUGGACGACUUAUUGGCUCACAUUUGGCAUAUGAAAAUCCCACCUAAAGCUGUGAUCUUGCAAUGGCGUCUGCUACAUAAUGCUCUUCCUUCGGUUGAUAAUCUUCUAAGAAGAGGCAUCGUCUUGCCUCCUCUAGACUCAAUGUGUGUGAUGUGCAAUGAGCAACCAGAGACAUUACCGCAUUUCUUUUUCAGCUGCCCAAUUGCUGACCAAUUGUGGAAGUACUAUUUUUCUUGGGCUUCUAUCAGCACAGUCCAGCCUCAAACAAUGAGGCUACAUUAUUGUCAGUACCCACAACUAUGUUUUGGUCUUCUCCAAAUGAAGGGUUGGGAUAUUGUUAGGAGUGCUGUUGUAUGGUGUAUUUGGAAUGGGCGAAACAACCAGAUUUUCAGAAGAAGGGUGACUGCGCUAGAGGAAUUGAAAGCCAACUUACACCUUACUGUGUGGUUGUGGCUGAAGCUUAAUGACCUCAUGGACUUUACCUUUGAUCAAUGGAUAGCGUGUCUAUCCUAA